AUGAUUGUUUUGGUCAGGAAAUCACAUGCUGUGAAAGGCCAAGAUUCCAGAUUUGGACUUGGCUUCAGACUCGGCAGGAAUGUUGAUGCGCAAGUCUUGGUAGAGCUUGGUCCUCAGAAAGACACGGCACAACUUGGAGAGGGUUCAGCCAAGAGAGACGCCAAAACAACAGCAACCAACAGACAGCAGCAAACACUGAGCUGGAGAAGUCUCAUGAAGAGGUUGGGGACAACCAUGAGAGGAAUUGACAACAAGAAUAGUUUCUUCCAUGAGUUAGACUCUGGGCGACUAGUCCCACGAUGUAUCAUGCUAGAUCUAGAGCCUCGAGUCAUUCAUAACAUACGCAAUUCUGCGUGCAGGAAGCUAUUUGAUGCGCAGAACAUGUUCAUCGGGCAGGAUGGUGGUGGAGCAGGGAACAACUGGGCUACAGGCUUCAACCAAUCUCAGAAAUACAAAGAGAUUCUUUUAGAUUUGAUUCAGCGUGAGACAGAGACAAUGGAUUGUCUUGAGGGAUUUUUAAUUACCCAUGCUAUUUCAGGAGGAACAGGAGCUGGUAUGGGUUCUUCCGUAUUGGAGCUCCUCACUGAGGUGUAUCCCAAAAAAACUAUACAAACGUACAGUGUUUUUCCAACCUCUGUAAGCCAAGUGUCUGAAUCGGGAUUGAAGGAAGGUCAGUACACAGACGUGGUUAUAGAACCUUACAAUUCAUUGCUUACACUUAUGAGAUUGACCAACUAUGCGGAUAGUGUGAUAGUAUUGGACAACUUGGCUUUACACAAUAAAACAUCAAAAUCUAACUUCCUCCCCCUUCCAUCUUUUGCUAAUAUCAAUAAAGUCGCUUCCGAUGUAAUGACAGCUUCUCUAGGUCCAAUCAGAUACCCCGGCAUGAUGUUCAACUCACUGAGUGAGGUGGUACUUGCCCUCACACCUGCUCCUAAGUUUCACUUCCUCAUGACCGGAUACACACCUCUCAGGUCUUUUAACUCACCAGCUUCCGUGAACGUCGUCAAAACGUCAAUAGAAUCAGUGUUAAGUCAUCUGGGAAAGAUGAAUAAUAUGUUAGUUUCCAUAAAAUAUCCUAAAAUAUCUCGUCACGGUUACAUUUCUGUUUUUAAUGUUAUCCAAGGAAAUAAUCAUAAAGAAAAUCUGGGAGUGUUGAAAAAUAGUCGCCAAGAGUUUUUACAGAAGGCAAGUUAUCUAGCCUGGGCAAAGCCCAUGUCUCUGUACCAGACAACAUUAUGUCCUUGGUCGCCCUACCAAACUCAUCCCAAUCGAGUGUCAGGGCUCAGUAUGGUGAACCAUUCGGCCAUUGUCAGUUUCUUCUACAGCACACUUACACAGUUUGGCAAGCUCUACUCACGUAAAGCCUAUAUAACACAGAUGAUGAGUCUUUCUGGUUUCGAUGACCUUGAAAAUGAACUGGAACUUUGUAAGACUUCUUGUGAAGAUCUUAUUUUAGAAUAUGAGUCAGCGUUAACAAGUAAUUAUUCUAGUAAUAUGUCCAACUGA